AUUUACGAGAUCGUCACCCUCGUCAUUUUUCCCGAUUUGAUAGAGUUUGCCAAGUUGAAUCUUGAAUCAUCAUUCAUUAUCAGUAUUUUAUGACAUAAUCGUUGGUUAUAUUGUCUCUGAUAUUUGAGAAGAAAGGCGGGAAUCAUUAAGAUUAGAAUUGGAAAUUGGAGGAUGUGCAAUCUCUUGCUAUAGAUGCCACGACUAUAAGCAUAAUACAUAUAAAUGAAUAUUAUUCAUUACGCUGUUAAUCACAGGUCACACACUAUGGCUGCCAAAAAACUCGUUUACCCUGCGGCGGACCGUAAUAAGGAUCCAAUAUUAUCGGUUUUAAAACGAUAUAUCCAACCUGGCACAAAUCAGACCCUCCUGGAGAUAUCCUCCGGUACGGGACAACACGUGGCACAUUUCGCACCGCAUUUUCCACAAGUUACGUUUUAUCCCUCGGAAUACGACCCAAAACUUCUGGAUAGCAUCGCUGCGUACGCGAAUGGAUACUCUAAUAUAAAAAGCCCUAUUAGAAUUGACAUCACCACUGACUAUCGGCUGUGGGGUAACGGUAUCUUCAAACCGAACAGUUUAGAAUAUAUAUAUAAUGCGAACAUGAUACAUAUUUCGCCGUACCAGUGUACUAUUGGUUUAUUUAACAAUGUGAAUCAAUUGCUGAAGCCAAAUGGAUUACUAAUCACCUACGGACCAUAUGCUUUUGAUGGUCAAAUCACUCCGCAGAGUAAUGUAGAUUUCAACGAGUCCUUGAAAUUGCAGGAUCCAAGUUGGGGUUUGCGAGAUGUAACAGUUUUGAAAAAAUUAGCUGAAGAGAAUAAUAUUAGAUUAAUAGAAAUCGUAGAUAUGCCCGCUAAUAAUAAAACGAUAAUUUGGAAAAAAUGUGCUCAUUCAUAAGUAAUCGAAACUCAUCAGGUUUGUCAUAUAAUUGAACAAAAAAUU